AUGUAUUAUGAGUUCAGAAAUAAACUCAGUGUAACAGAAUGCCACAAGAAAAUGUGUCAAAGUUUAGGUUUCAAUACUGUUUCUUAUGAUACAGUAAAAGUUUGGUUUCGAAUGUUUAAUAGGGGGAAUUUGAACAUUGAAGAUGAACCACGUUCUGGCCGCCCUAUUGAGGUUGAUUAUGACCAAUUAAAGCAAAUUAUUGAUCAAGACAGAAAUAUUUCAACACGAACCAUUGCGUUAGAGCUUGACGUUUGCCAAAAAACAAUAGUAAAUGCCUUCAAACGCAUAAAUCUAACAUUUAAGUUUAACUGCUGGGUGCCUCACGAAUUGACUGCUGAAGACCAGAGCAAAAGAAAAGCGGCCUGUUUGGUUCUGCUCAGAGAUCAAAGAAAAGAGAACAUUCUGGACAGAAUUGUGACCUGUGAUGAAAAAUGGGUAUACUACAACAAUACUAGCCGUAAAGGAGGGUGGUCAGCACCCGGGGAAUCAGCAGGUUCGCUUGCAAGACGAACGCUAACUAACAAGAAGGUCCUUCUCUGUAUCUGGUGGGAUUGUCGUGGAGUUAUCCACAAGGAGUAA